AUGGCGCCGCGCACGCUGCUCCUGCUGCUGGCGGCCGCCCUGGCUCCGACCCAGACCCGCUCGGGCUCACACUCGCUGCGGUACUUCAUCACCGCCGUAUCCGAGCCCGGCCUCGGGGAGCCCCGGUACGUGGAAGUCGGCUACGUGGACGACACGGAGUUCGUGUGCUUCGACAGCGACGCGCAGACUCCGAGAAUGGAGCCACGGGCGUCGUGGAUGGAGCGGGAGGGGCCGGAGUAUUGGGAGCGGGAGACACUGAGAGCCAAGAACACGGAGCAGAUUUUCCGAGGGAACCUGAGGACCGCGCUCCGCUACUACAACCAGAGCGAGGGCGGCUCUCAUACCAUCCAGUGGAUGUACGGCUGCCACGUGGGGUCGGACCGACGCCCCCUGGGCGGGUAUCUUCAGUACGCCUAUGAUGGCCACGAUUACAUCGCCCUGAACCAAGACCUGAAAUCCUGGACUGCGGCAGAUGCGGCGGCUCACAUCACCCAGCGCAAGUGGGAGCAGGCUGGUCAGGCAGAGAGACACAAGGCCUACCUGGAGGGCACGUGCGUGGGCUGGCUCCUCAGACACCUGGAGAACGGGAAAGAGACGCUGCUGCGCACAGACCCCCCAAAGGCACAGGUGACCCAUCACCCUGGAUCUAAAGGUGAUGUCAUCCUGAGGUGCUGGGCCCUGGGCUUCUACCCUGCUGACAUCACCCUGACCUGGCAGCUGAAUGGGGAGGAACUGAUCCAGGACAUGGAGCUUGUGGACACCAGGCCUGGAGGAGAUGGAACCUUCCAGAAGUGGGCAGCUGUGGUGGUGCCUUCUGGGAAGGAGCAGGAUUACACGUGCCACGUGGUGCAUGAGGGACUGUCUGAGCCCCUCACCCUGAGAUGGGAGCCUCCUGAGUCCAAGCUUUUCUUCUCACAUGUGCAAAAGGAAGGAACGAUGCUCCCGCUAAGUCCAACCUUCCUGGUCCAGCAGGCAGGAGGGGACAUCCCCAUCCUGUCAGCUCCCUGCUGCCCUGAGCUGCAGCUCCUCAUGUCCCCACUGAGACUAAGAAGCUGA